CCCAUACAUUUGUAGUUGAGAAAUCAACGCACUGUUAUUUCGCAAGAAAGCGCUGUGUAUGUACACAAAAUUUUUAGUGUUUAGCGAAAUGACAGAAGACUACAGAACUAUAAUUUCUUGACUCAUGUUGAUUUUAUAUUUUACAAAAUACCAAAAAUGUGAAUAAUAGAUUAAUUGCAUUGAAUUUUACUUACAAGUAAUAAAAAAACUUUGAAUGACAGUAGAAUCCAACAUUUGAAGAGAUUUCUAAAAGUGAAGUUGAAUUUUUCUGUGAAGCAGACUUUGCCGGCUAUUCUUAAUGGAUUAGCUGUUAAAAUGAAGUUGACAUUGGAGUAAUUAAUCGUGCAAUCGAUCAACAAAGGGAUCAACUUUUGGAGACAAUAUCAAGAUUGAACAGUUCUGGGAUAAAAGAAUAAUAUCAUGGACGCUCAUCAACAGCAGUUUUGCCUUAAGUGGAAUAGCUUUGGAAGCAAUUUAGCUACCGCUUUUUCAAAUCUUUUCAAAAGUGAGAGUCUUACUGAUGUAACACUUUUUUGCGAAGGUAUCACAUUUAAAGCACACAGGUUAAUUUUGGCAGCAUGCAGUAAACACUUCCAAGAGCUUUUUGAAGGUAUGCCUCAUUCCUUAGCUGGAUUAAUUGUAAUCUUGGAUGGAACAAGUGCUCACAAUAUGGCAUCACUGCUCGAAUUUAUGUAUCGUGGAGAAGUCCAUGUAUCCCAAGAUUCACUGAGCUCUUUCUUAAAAGCUGCUGAAUACCUUCAGGUAAAGGGGCUAUCGAUUGAACAUGAAAAAUUGGCUGUAGCUCACACACAUGUCUCAGAAAAUAAUACUGUUAUGACUGAAUCAGGAAGUAACAACACUGAGAUUUUAGAAUCAGAACCCAUCAGUAGAGUUUUGAAAAGAGAAGCGACUUCAGUUUCAUCUCCAUCAUCAAAUUAUACUGUACCAAACCUUUACCAUUCUCCUAGUUACUAUGAAAGUCCACAAAAAAGAACACGAUUAAUGAGAUCACCAAGUGAUGUGGAUGCUUCCGGAAAAGUAAGUGUUUUACGAGAUGGAACAACUUUUCGCCCCGCUUCUGCUCCACAUCCAUUACUUCUAGAAAAUCAUGUAUAUCCGACAUUUACUCACCCCUCUGAGAAUUUGACCCAUUCCUACACAGCGCCUCAUACUCCAACUGAGUUGGAGCGAGAGCUUGAACAAGAUCAGUCCGAAGAAAAGAAUAACGAGGAUCUCAAAGAAAGCGUUGCAGAAGAUUUACGUAUAAAACAAGAACCAGUAAUAGUCACUGAUCGAGAGAGCUCUGAUAAAUUAGUCGAAAAAUCAUCAGGAGAAGUGUAUUUAGGUGGAAGAGGAUUUGAAGCUACUAAUUAUGGAUUGGUCAAUGAACAUAAACUUAAUAUAACAACAUUUAAACAGAGUGCAGUUCAAUUGUCUCACCCACCUACGCCAGAUCUCAGCCCAGCACCUACAACGCCUGCUCGAUGGAAUUCUAAAAUAAAUAAAGCUGGAACUGUAAGCACGCCAGAUGGUAAAAAGUUAAAAUGUCCCUUCUGUGAUCGUCUUUACGGAUACGAAACAAAUUUGCGUGCUCAUGUACGACAACGUCAUCAGGGUAUCAGAGUUUCAUGUCCAUUUUGUUCACGUACAUUUACCAGGAACAACACUGUACGAAGACAUAUAGCACGUGAACAUAAAAAUGAAAUUAGUAUCAAAGCUUUCCAAACAGCGAGUCAUCAAGUUACGGAUACAUUACCACAGUAAAAGUCAUCAUUAUAUUUGUUAUACUUGCAUAAAGCAAUCUUUCUAGUAUGUUAUGUUUGUACCAUUAUUCGUUUUUUAUGGUAUUUUCAAGUUACAAUUUUUAUAGUAUUAUAAUGCAUUAACCUGCAUUCGAGUAUAAUUUGCAACUAUGCGUAUGGUCUAUUAUUAUUGAUGGCUAAAAUGAGUUAUUCUCAUUAUUACUACAGUUACCUGUUACUUAGAAAAAAUACACAUAUAUUACUUUAAUUUCAUCUUAUGAAUUAAAAGUUCGCUUAAUCUAUAUAUAUAUAGAUUAUAUUCAUUUUUUUUUCUUCAUUUCUUUUUAAAAUUAUCUAUCGAAGAUUUGAUUCGAAAGUCAUGUGAAAAAACCGUAUUAUAACUAUUAUCUCUUACCACAAUUUAUUACAAUUUACUUUGAUAGUAUCAAUGCAUGAAAAUCGAGAAUUUCAGACGUUCAACUGAAAGAAAAAAAAACAAUUUGAAACCAACCAUUAGUAAAAUGCACCGUAGAUUGUUAUAGAUUACGAUAUUUCUGAGGGAAAUCGGUUUCAUGUGUUGUAUAGAUAUUGAAGUUAAAAACUAUGAAGCAAAGUAAAUUGCCUUGGACUAUAAUGCUACAAAAUACAGAACUAGUCAAUGAAAGUGCAACGGUCAAAUCUAUUAACGUGUUUUUAUUGAUAGACUAAUUGAUAAAUAUUUUAAAAAACAAUAAUAAUAAUAAUACUAAUAUUAAUAUUAAUAAUAAUAUUACC